CAUACAUUGGAGUCCUGAUCUAAGUUAAUUUUCAUUAUUUUAUUGUGUUUUGUUUCAGCGGUGUAAUGUAAACUAGUAUUGUUUUAUUAUGUAAUUUUGACUUACUCUGUAAAGCGCUUAAGGGUUUUAUAAAAGAUAAUGCGCUAUAUAAAUGUUAAUUAUUGUCAAUUGGCUAUCAAAUCCCACUCUUCAUUACUCCUGAACUACUCAGUUCAUUUUGUUACAGGCUGGUAUAGUUUUUGCUAUGGAGUCCGUCAGAUUGGUUGGAUGUUCGACAUUACUGCUCUUUAUCCUGUACCCACAGCGUCAUCAUAGUUAUACCUACAUCAAACAUGAUCUGUACAUAGAACAGACCGAAAAAAAGUGGGAUGACGCUUCUCAGUCCUGUAUCUUGGUGGGAUCUGAUAGAGCUUCAUCUUAUGACGUCAUAGUUCAGGAUAUCCCAGUCCUCCAACCCACAAAUCGUUAUAGGCCUAUGUACCUUCAUUGGAUAGGAGCCACGGCAACAUUCACUCCGUGGUUUAAAUUCUUGGGAUGCUACAUUUAUUGGCCGAAUUCAUCGAUUCGUGAACAAACGUUGACAAGUCAUUCCACCGUCAUUGGCCCUUUAGCUGAUUGUUACAUACAGUGUAAGAGCCAUUUCGGAGUCAACGAAACACAUUGCUACUGUUUAUCAAAUCUGGAACAAGGACGGUUGAUAAAUAAAACAUGUAGAGUAAUUGCACCUGCUAACUUUCGUAAUGAUGUUGUUGGAACCAAAACCUUGGAAUCUGUUUUCCAUGUUUACCAGAUUGCAAUAUACGAAAUUCAAAACAGCGCCUUCGAUAUAGCAGCAGAAACACUUGACGAGUGUCUUUUGGGGAAUUUUACACACUUAUUCAUGUAUCCUUGUGAUGCAGCAGACAGUUCAAACAAAAAAUGGACGGAUGCCGUGAUUGAUGGUCUGCCUUUGAAAGAUGGAGGUCAGUUACAGUGGACCCGCUACGUACGUCGGCGUAUCAUCCGGUGGACUCGUGGAAAUGUACUUGGUUCAAAUACAUCAGCAUGUGUCAGUGUGAGGAAACAAGCUAAUGAGCAGGAAUAUGAAAUAGUUCUAAGACCAUGUAAUGACGAACUACCCUCAAUCUGCCAGAAGAGAGACGCACAAAAAGGUCACCAGAUGAUGACGUCAUUACCACCAACAAGUCCAUUAAUGCCAUCAGAUCGUCCAGAUGUUAGCGCGAGGGGAUCAUUUAGGGAGGAAGCUCCUGGAGUUCCUGGAGAAAACCCACGUAUCACAUAUUUUCAUUCACGAGGUUCGCAUUUGGGUCGCAACGGUAAGAAGCGAGUGCAUUGUCCACAAAAGUUGUUGAAAUUGAUCAUUUUUUAUUCUCUAAUAAAUUCACGCCUGAUUACGGUUAAUGCUAAAUAGCUGAACCCUUUACAUUAUUGAAAAUCCUAUAAUAAAAGAACAGGAAACAUUAAUUUUUUUUCAACGGAUCACGGAUAAGUAAAGGUUACAUGCCUCAAACUGUCCAUUCUGUAAGGAGAAAGAACUAUUGGAGGGCCGUUAGGCCCGAUAAUAGUUCCUUUUUCUCAUUGAAUGGAAAGUUUGAGGCUUGUAACCUACUUAAAACAUUUAUUUCAUUGUCGUCUUAUUGGACUGUCCCAGGUUAAAAAAUUUACUCUAUUGUGUUUAGAAUGUACUCCCUUAGAAAAGUUUCUCUCUUGCAAAUGACAAUGAAGUAAACAUCCAUUGUAUUGAAUUUGUCAUUGUCUUCUUAUUGGACUCUCUCAGGUAAAUGUUUUUUUUCAAUAAAGUUAAUAGAAUUCAUUCAAUUAUUAACUUAGUAGACAGUUACAGGUGAGUUCUUUAACACGAGUAUAAAAAGCGUGCGAUUCGAAUAUCACUUCCUUGUUAAUUGUCCUGUUAUAAGGAUGUCCUCGUAAGAUGGAGAGAGUGUUUUUUAAAGACAAAAUAAGUUCAGAGAAGUUGAUGAAGAAGAACUGAACACAGAUGGCAUUCUUAGUGAUAUUUUGGAUUUAGAGAAAGAAAAAAAGAAAAACAACCAAAUUUUGACCUCAGAGUAGACGUUUUUUUUCCGGAUAUUUCUGAUGAGGAGCUAGUUAAGGCCAGCCAAGACAUAGGAGGAAAAAGAAAACACUGAGAGGUUUCCACAGCUUAAUCAAGAAGAUUUUGAUAAGUUAGUCAAAAAAGUUUAUCCAAAAAAAAAAAAAAAACAGAACAAAAGUCGAAAUGGGCAAGAUCAUUAAUGGUGAAAAGGAUGAGAAAAUUAAAUGUGACGGAGAUGCAAAGAAAGCAAAAACCGUGGAUAUAUGUGAUUCCACUUUGUGUGCACCUGGUGCAAUUUAAAUUUUGAAUUUUGAAUUCUGUGCCUUAAUCAUUCGUGAAUAACAAAUAUUUCUUUUGUAUUGGUCUUGUUGUUAUUUCAAGUUUUACCUGUAGCUGUCCAAUAAGUAUUGAAUAACUGUCCACUAGUUUAAUAAUGGACAGUUUUUCCAACUUAUUGGACGGCUACAGGUAACUUAUUGGAUUGUUUCUGUUCUUUCGAGCUAAAGAAUGUACAAAAAUAACAAAGGAUGACGUCAUAACAAUGUUUUAAUAAAUAAAUAAAUCGAUAGACAGAUCGGGAGAGAGGGAGAGGAAAAAUUCUCCUUUAUCUAAAAUUAGUAUUCAACGAAUCAAUUUCUACUUUGUGUUUAUAACUUACACAUUUCUUCCGAUAAUAGCAUAUGUAUAAAUAUGCGAUUCCAUGGCGAAUUCGAAGGUUAUACGUUGAACACUACAACAGCACCAUUACUUAAUCAAAGUACUGAAAGUACUGGAAAGCGCUAAGCCGGGAAGAAGGUGUUAAAUCAUACCGAAUGUUAUGAAAAUACAUGUUAAGAAUCAUAUUUGAAUCGGGGUUUGUUCGUUAUUGCAAAAUUUUCACGUACUCAGAAUUAAAAUAAUAUAGAAUUUGGAUAUGCCAUAGUUAUAGAAUACACAAAUCUUUUUAAUGAUUACUGCAUGCUGUCGUGUUACAGUGAAAACAGAAUGCUGAUGACUUUAAAAAAAAUCAUAACCACAGCUUUUAAUGUAAGCAGUUAAUGUAAGUGUUUCUCUAUUUUUGAAGCAUAAAAUGUUUUAUCAAUUUGACUGUAAAUCAAAGUUUCCAAUUUACAAAUUAUAAUAAUCUGCCUUAAAGCAUGUUUACAAAGAUCAUGAUUGAUUUUAAAAUUUUAGAACAAAUGUAUCUGCAUGCGGGAUAACUUGAAGAUAUUAAGUUUUCCCUACUGCAUAAUUUUGAGUUCUCCCGAGUACGACUUUUCCAGGGUACGACUUCUUUAUCAUUCGCCAGUAGGUGGCGGUAUUUCGGAAAUGCGAAAACGAAAGUGGAAGUAAGAUAAGAAAUCUGGCGACAAAAAAGCGCUGCAGCUAUGCUUAGCGCUUUAAAAAGGAUCUUCAUUGACUGGUAUAGUUAUUCAUAUGGGGGCCGUCAGAUUGGUUGGAUGUUCGACAUUACUGCUCUUUAUCCUGUACCCACAGCGUCAUCAUAGUUAUACCUACAUCAAACAUGGAAAAUCCAAAUACCUAAAAGUCGACUGGCCGACGACAGACAUAAGAUUUGUCUACCGAUGGUCAGACGAUGAUCGACAGUUGGUCGACGGACUAUUUGAUCAACGACUGUUUCAUCUGAAGAAAUCGGUCAUCGACGCAACAAAUAAUGCCAAAAACUGGUAUAGUUAUUCAUAUGGGGGCCGUCAGAUUGGUUGGAUGUUCCACAUUACUGCUCUUUAUCCUGUACCCACAGAAUCAUCGUACGUAUACUUACAACAACCACGAUCUGUACAUUAAUCAGACUAGAAAGUCAUGGGAGAAAGCUUCGCAGUCCUGUGUCUUGGUGGGUUCUGAAAGGGCUUCAUCAAAUGACGUCAUAGUACGAAAUAUCCCAGUCCUCCAACUUUCUCGAAACACAUAUGGUCAUGGCGACCUCUAUUGGAUAGGAGCCACGGCGACCUUCACCCCGUGGUUAAAAUUACUAGGUUGUUACGUUUAUAAGACGAUUUCGACGAUUCGUACGUAUAGGUACCGCUAUAGUGUUAUUGGCCCUGUGGCUGACUGCUACUUACAAUGUAAAAGCCAUUUUGGAGUCAACGUGAGU